AUGAGCGUCUCGGACUCCUCACAUCGUCCUUCGGACCCUGGGAGCGUCUCUGCUCCCGCCCAGAAGGAUCGCCUUGACCUACCUUUGCCCGACCGGAGAACCCCCUCCUGGCCACCUUCCCCAGAUGAGGAUCCCAGUUUGCCCCCCUUUCCUUUGGAAGAGCCUGUCCCCAGGCCCAUGGCCCCAGGGAGCCUUCCCUCUCCAGUCUUGUCCCUUGAGGAAGAAGAGGAGGAAGACGACCAAGACGAACAAGACGCGGCAGAGCCCGAGGAGCUGCGCAGCGAGGAGCAUCCCAGCCAGUUUUUCGCGGAGGCACAGCGGCUGCGGGAGCAGAGGUUGUUGUUGGACGAAGAGGUGUCAGUUGAGGGGCGAGUAUAUGGGGUGCAUCGGGUAAUCUUGGCUGCAAUUAGCAGCCUCUUCCGUGACAGGCUGCUGGGUGGCAGAGGUCCACGACCCCCCCUCAGCCUGGACGUGGCCGCUGGGGCCUGGGAGGCCGUACUGACAUUUGCCUAUGAGGGGUUGCUGGGCCCUGCACGGCCGGGAGAUGUGCUGGUCGUGGCAGAGGCCCUGGGAGCGCCCCGGGUGAAGGCCGUGGCCCAGUGGAGAUGCAAAGGGGCUGGAAGCGCCAGGGAAGAUGAAAAGCAGCCCAGCCAGGCAGAGGAGCUGAGGGAGAACCUGCAGAGCAUCGAGCUCCUAUACCAAGAGGGCAUCGGGUGUGACCUGGAGCUGGAGGCAGGCGGCUGCAGGCUGCGGGUGCACCGAGCAGCCCUGGCCUGUGGCAGCGAGUUCUUUGGUGCCAUGCUCCUGAGCGGGAUGAGGGAAUCCCAGGGCACAGAGGUGUCUCUGCACACUAUCUCUGCCCAGGACCUGCGACUCCUCGUCUCCUUCGCCUACUCCGGGGUUGUGCGGGCAAGGUGGCCAGGACUGCUGAGAGCUGCCCAGGCUGCUCUCCAGUACCAGAGCUCUUCCUGCCUUGCUCUGUGCCAGAGAGCCUUGGCUCGGGGCCUCAGCCCCGCACGUUGCCUGGCCCUGUUCCCCAUAGCAGAAGCCCCGGGCUUAGAGAGGCUCUGGAGCAAAGCCCAUCACUACCUCCUCACCCACCUGCCUGCUGUGGCUUUGUGCCCCACUUUCCCUUCUCUACCGGCUGCCUGCCUGGCUGAGCUCCUGGAUAGCGACGAACUACACGUGCAAGAGGAGUUCGAGGCCUUCAUGGCUGCGUGGCGUUGGUUAGCUGCCAACCCUGAGACCCAGGAGUCAGAGGCCAAGGCCCUGCUUCGAUGUGUUCGCUUCGGCCGCAUGUCCACCAGAGAGCUGCGGAGGGUGCGGGCCGCGGGGCUGCCUCCACCCCUGACCGCGGACUUGCUGCAUCAGCUUCUGGUAGAGGCUGCCGUUCCAGGUCAAGAGCGGCGCAGGGAGCCUGACCAGGCACUGGUAGUGAUUGGCGGGGACGGGCUCAGAGCAGACAUGGCCAUAAGACAGCCGUCGCGAGGAGUGUGGUGGGCGCGCGCCUUCUGCUGCGGCACGGGACUGGUGCGAACCGUGGAGUGGGGGCGGCUGCCUGCCCUGCCUGCCCCGGGGCGCUUCCGGCACGGGGCUGCGAGCCUCGCAGGAAGUGAGCUCUACGUGUGUGGGGGACAGGAUUUCUACAGCCACUCCAACACCCUGGCUUCGACUCUCAGGUGGGGCCCCAGUCAAGAGGACUGGGAGGAGAUGGCGCCUUUGUGCCAGGCUCGGAGCUUUUUUCCCCUGGUGGCGCUGGACGGACUACUUUAUGCCCUGGGCGGCCGAAACGGUGGCGUCGCCCUCAACUCUGUGGAGACCUAUCACCCCGAGCUGAAUGUCUGGAGGCCGGCACCUGCUCUUCCAGCACCACGCUUUGCCCACGCAGCUGCGGUUCUGGAGGGCCGAUUGUACGUGAGCGGUGGCUGCAGCGGGGCUGGCCAAUACCUGGCCUCAUUGCUGCACUAUGACCCCAAACUUGAGAAGCCAGGGGUGCUUCUGAGCGCUAUGGGGGUACCUCGGGCUGGCCACGUCAUGGCCGCUCUGGGUGGACGGUUGUAUGUCGCGGGUGGGCUAGGUGAGACUGGGGACCUGCUGAGCUUCGAGGCCUAUGAACCAAGGACUGAUAGCUGGACUCACCUGGCACCCUUGCCCUCCCCCCAUGUGGGGGCCGCAGGGGCUGCGCUGCAGGGAGAGCUUCUGGUGCUGGGGGGCUACAGCCACCGUACUUACGCCCUCUCCCACCUUAUCCAUGCUUAUUCUCCCGGCCUGGGCCGAUGGCUCUGCCUGGGAACUCUGCCAAGGCCUCGGGCUGAGAUGCCUGCCUGCAUCCUGACCCUGCCCACUGUGCAGCAUGUAGCUUUGGUUCCCACACGGCACCAAACCAAACCUGCCGGGUGA